AUGUUAGCAAAAAUAAAAUCCGAAAGUGAGUCCAGAAUGAAUGAAGAAAAAAAAAUUCAUGAUAGAAAAAGAAAUAUAAUAGUAUUGAUUUUACGAUAUUUAGCAAAUAUAGGUUAUAUAGAUUCAUGUUCUAAAAUAUCAACAGAAAGUCAUAUAGGAUUAGAUUAAUGGGAUGUAGCAGAUAAUAUUGAUUUAUAUUAAAUAGUAACCGAAUUUGAGCAUUAUUAUGAAUUAAAAUUCGGAAAAUAUAUAAAAUUAGUUCGCAAAGUAACUUCGGAAAAAAACCCUGCUUCAUUUCCUAAAAUAACAUAAAAUAAUAAAGUUUUAUAAUCAGCAAAUAGUCAAAAAAUAUAAUAAUAAGAAAAUAACAUUUAAUCUACAAAGCAGAUAUAAAAAAGAAAUACAAUAAAUACAUCAAUAACAAAUGAAUAAUAAAUAAAUUCAACACCUUAAAUAGAAAUUUAAGGAUAAUCAGCUUUUUAGAAAACAAAAGAAGAAGAAUAAACAUAAAAUUUUUUUGAUGUUCGUGUUUUAAAAGGUAUGCCAGAUUUCGGUGAUGUCCAAGAAUUAAAAGAGCUCGCAGCUUAUUUAUAGAGAGAUAUAGUUGUGGAAAAUCCGAACUGUAAAUUUAAAGAUAUAGUAGGUUUAGAAGACGCAAAAAGACUAUUAAAAGAAGCGGUCUUAAUUCCUUUAAAAUACCCACAUUUUUUUACAGGAAUUUUAGAACCUUGGAGAGGAGUAUUAUUAUAUGGACCACCUGGAACAGGCAAAACUAUGCUUGCGAAAGCUGUUGCAACGGAAUGUGGAACCACUUUUUUUAAUAUUUCAGCUUCUUCAGUUGUUAGUAAAUGGAGAGGGGAAUCAGAAAAACUUAUUAGGGUUUUAUUUGAGUUAGCUAGACAUUAUUAGCCAUCGACUAUUUUUUUGGAUGAAUUAGAUUCUAUUAUGUCAUAAAGGAAAGGAGGAUAGGAUCAUGAAGGUAGUACAAGAAUGAAAACUGAAUUACUUAUAUAAUUGGAUGGUUUAAUGAAAAAUAAAGAAAGAGUAUUUUUACUUGCAGCGAGUAAUUUACCUUGGGAUUUAGAUAUAGCUAUGUUAAGAAGAUUAGAAAAAAGAAUUCUUGUUCCUCUUCCUUGUGAAAAAGCCAGAGAAGAGAUGAUAAGAUAAUUUUUACCUUAAGGAUUUUCUAAUAAUUUAAAUUAUAAUGAAAUAAGUAUGUAGUUAGAGAAUUAUUCAGGUUCUGAUAUAAAGCUUUUAUGCAAAGAAGCUGCGAUGAAACCUUUAAGAAAAUUAAUAAAUAAUAUUGAAAUGGGUGACGAAUCUUAAUAAAAAAAAAAUUCUAAAAAUUAAAAAACAAAUAAUUCUAAUAAUAUAGAUUAAGUUAAACCAGAUCCUGUUACAUAGUAAGAUAUAUAAGAAGCUUUAUAAACUACUAAACCUUCUUCUUUUAUAAAAACUCAAGUUUAUGAAAAGUGGGAAUAAGAACACGGUUCUGUUUGA